AUGUCGCUCGAGAAGACCCUCAUCAACACCAAGAGCCUUCGAGUUCUCAGCCAGAACUGGAUCGCUGACGUCCACCAGCGACUUGGUGCCGACCAGUUCACUGUGGCAGCGUAUCGCCAACUACAAGGCAUUCUAUUGGUGGUCUUUACUCGUAUAGAUAUGCCCUAUCAUCUGAUCGCGGUUAAGACUGAUACCGUGCCGACCGGUGCCGGCAACGUCGUCGGUAACAAAGGUGGCGUAGUUGUCAAACUCAUCUUCACCGCUCGAGCACAGGACCACCACGAUUCGAAAAGACUCACUAAGCGAAGACACCACGUUGGGGUGUUGCGACGGUUCAAGAGGCUCUACCGUAGGCGAGACAAAGGCAAGCACCACGACCUACGGGGGCCGACCUUCCUUUUCGGUGACCUCAACUUUAGAGUUAAAAGUAGCAAUCGGGCAUACUGCGAUCGAUUGCUCGCUAUGGGACGCUUUGAUGAGCUACUACACAAGCGAUGCCAAUUGACCAGGCAACUACUGCGGUCCGAUGACGAGUCGCAAGCAUCAGAAGAUUCUUUGGUGGAGACACACCACCGAUGGAACAGAGCGCCACCGUGGAGUGAAUGGGAUGAAGCGCCGAUAUUAUUCCCGCCAACGUACAAAUUCGAUCUGGGAUCAAAUGACUACUUAUCCGCUGAGGCUCAAGUGAAAAGAUUGCAAGAUUGA